UUUGCGUUUAAUUUUCUUAGUGCUGGAAGCAAGCGAUUUGUCAACACAUGUAAAAGUUUUAUUUAACUGUAUUCUCCAGUUAAAAAUUGGAGAAUUUAAAUGAAAUGAGCAUGGCUACUGUAUUCUCAAAUGUUGAAGCUGACAUAGCGGAUGAUUUAAUUACUAAAUUCCCUCAAGAGUUUGAUUUUGAUUCCAUGUUACGAAAGGUUUGUGAGGAUGCUGGCGUCGCGAUUGACCCGACAAUGAACAAACCCAAAAAUGGGGAAGAUAUGUCUAUUGUUUUAGACAAACCAGCCAAAUACCGUUUAAAGGGAUUGUGGUUUUCAAUGGAGAAGGCUUACAAGCACCUUGUCACAACACUAGCACUCUAUGGAACACGGUUGCCCGAGGCCUUUUCAGAACAAGAUGCUUCAGACUUUAAUCAUCAUCAUGAUAUAGAGGAUAUGGAAGACAUGCAUGAUGAUGAAAAUGACAAAGAUUAUAAUCCUAAGAUGCGCAACAUUAUUCAAGGCAUAAUAGAAGACAAUAAGAGACAAAGAAGGCCACGAAAGUCUGCACGUCAAAGUAGAAGGGUUGUUGGAGAUUUAGCUGAUCUUAGUUUUGAUGAGGAGGACUUCAAUGAGAAUAACAUAAAGUCUGAUAUGGAUCAAAGUGCAGAGGAUCCAAGUGACAAUGAAGAUGAUGCUGGUGACGAGGAAAAUAGAACAGACAAUUUACAAGAAACCAAUAAUGAUGAAAAUAGUUUGGAACUGAAAGAAGAAGUGAAACCUCGAAAAAGAGGUAGGCCUAGAAAGAACACAUCACCUUUUCAUCUAACAUCAAAAAGUAAAUUGGGGAAAAAGCGAGGCCCUUAUAAGAAAAGUACCAAUAAUGUUAGCGAGGUUGUUCCCCCUGUUUCUACUGAAGACCCAGAUGAUGCUUUGCCUGCUCGCAGACGAGGACGCCCAAAAAUUUACAACGAUGAAGGGAAAACAGAUUUCCCGUGUUCAGAGUGUAGUUUUGUUGCAAAGAAACGUGCCAAGUUAAGGAGUCACAAGCUACGUAUGCACCUUGCCUCUCCAACAAUGUGUGACGUCUGCAAGAAAAUUUUCCCCAAUAAAAGAUACAUGCUAAGACACAGGGCCUCCCACGUUGCUCCACAGCAUUGCUGUGAUGUAUGUGGUAAAAUGUACAAGAUACGCAAAGCCAUGCUAGAACAUCGAAAAACUCACGACAAUAAUUUUAAGAAGACAAAAGUAAAAUGUGAGAUGUGUCCUAAAUCGUUUUGUAAUAGGUAUAUUCUUGAGUGUCACAUUAGAGAUAUUCAUAUGGGACAGAAAAAAAGCUAUUUGUGUUCUACCUGUGGGAAGAGCUUUACAACUAAACAUUCAUUGGCAGAACACACCAAUGCCCAUACUGGUGUUAAGCCUCAUAUAUGUGAACAUUGUGGAAAGUCAUUCUCAUACGAGUCUGCUCUCAGGGAUCAUAGAUACACACAUACAGAUGCUAAACAUUUCUGGUGCACGCAUUGCCAGAAAGGGUUCAGUCAACGCUCAGGUCUUAAGAUGCAUAUGCGCAUUCACAGACAGCAUAAAAUGUUUAUAUGUACUGAAUGUGGCAGAGGUUUUACACAAAAACAAGCUCUUCAGCGCCAUGAGAGGGUUCAUAAAGGGGAAAAACCUUUUAUCUGUAAACACUGUGGGCGCUUCUUUACAGAUGCUUCUAUUAUAAGAAGACAUCUUAUUCUGGUACAUAAAAUUCACAAGGAUGCUAAUCACUGGAGAGAAGACAUUGUCUGCAUUGUGAAACCUCAAAACGAGUAUCAAGUGCAAAAAAUCGGUGAAGAAAACAGCUUGUCAGAAGCAGAGAAAGAAAAAGACGAACUUCUUAAAACCGUUGGGCCUCCGUCACGCACCAACAACAAAGGUCCGAGCAGAGCUUUUUGUAGAACUUACCCACGGCGGGUGGCUCUUUUAGAUGAAGCUGGGAAUGUUAUUGCUCCUCCGGAGCUUCCACCCAGGCCAGUAUUGCAGCAGUCUAAAAGCAAUGAGUCAGGCUCCACCAACAGCUGCUCAAAGACGCAGACAAAUUCUGAGCCUAAUAACACUGCGCUGAUCCUGGCGACAGAGAACAGCUCUGAUUUGGAUUCCAACAACCAGGUUAUCCAACAAAGGUUUGUCGAGGGCACACAGUGGGAUGUGUUAGCUGGGCAGAUUGGAAGAGGGGGCGCGACACACAUGGACCACAUGAUGUUAGACGACUCAGCCCAGCACGAGAUACAGAGAGGUAUUGAGCACGUUCAGGGUAUCCACAAGAUUAUUAAAUUUGAAAAUAUACAACCCACGGUUGUUCAGGCACCGAGUCAUAACUUAUUAACCCAUUCCCAGUCCAGUCAGAGUCCCAGCACCAGCCCCAUAUCAUUUUCUACCCAGCCUGUUGCACACGGCAGGGUUCUGGAAAGUUCUUUUGAAAACCUCAACCCCCAGGUGGCUCACACGGGAAGUCAGUAUUACGACGGUCGCACCACCGGCCACUCCAGCACCUCGUGGUCUUCAAUGUUUUAUUACUCUCAACUAGCCAGUCAGUUUGGGAUGAGCAUUAACCCCGAGUACCCUUACGUGGCGGGGAACACCUCCAGCAGCCCAACCACCACGCAGCUGGGUCAGUACCAGACAACCACCCACCAGGCUAACCCCACCAUCCACAUCCUCCACUCCCAGACCCAGAUCCCGCACAUUGAGAGCCCCAAGCUGGACGAGCACCGGAACCAACCCAACAACUCUGGCCAGUCUGGUUUGACUAACUCCCUCCACCACAGCUCUCAGGACCUGGGUAGACAUGUGACGUCUGGCAUGAAACUGUCCUCUAACGACACCCUUCAUCAGGCGGAUAUCAUGCUCCAGCAGGAAAUACAAAACAGCCCCAGCCAUAUGAACACUACGGAUGCCCAACAUGUAUCCAACCUGGUACACAUAACAUCAAACCUGUCUGACCCACAGAAUAUGCUCAUACGCCAUGUAAAUGAUAGCAGACAGUCGUCCCCAAACAUUCCACUACGAAACCCAGCACUUCUCAACAUUAAACACAAGUAACGUUCCUAAAGUCCAUACAGUUUUUACACACAAUCUAGCACUCCCCUACCUACAGCACAUAUAAUGUUCCUAUAGUCCAUAUCAUAUUAUUAUAUUACCAAAAAUGCCUUUUGCAUCUUGUAUAUAAAUAUAUUCAAGAUAUUUGUAAAUAUAACCAAAAUGAAAACAGUUGUAUUUGUAUAGUUAAGUAACUAAUGUAUAUCAAAUGUGAUUUUUGUCUUAUUCAACUACUUGCUAUGUUGCCUUAACUAUUACUUAAAGGUUUAAAAAAAAUUGUUCCAUUCGUCUAAGUCAAAUAUUUUCAUAUACACAAAAGUCAAUGAAAAUAUUGUUAAUGUACCAGUACAGAGAAGUACAGUAACAUUAAAAAUGAUAUUACUUUAGUUGCAUUCUAUUAUAAUUUGCUAAUCUUCGUUUGAGUAAGAUUUGUAGAUUUUAUAUAGUUCACUUAUGUUGCAUUUGUAUUUUGCUUUUGAAAGAUUAUGAUAGAGGUAUAUAUAUAUUUAUAACUAUGUAUGUUAUUUGCACCAAUCGCUAUUGAACUUAAAAAGGCCCAACAGAACCAUCCAGGAUAUACUUUAUAUUAUAUUAGUUGAAAAAUAUACAAAAGCUAUUUUUUAAUAUGCAUGAAUUUAUUUCUUACAUAUUGGUUUGGUUAAUAUUUUUACACUUGACUAUAAAUAUAAAAUAUUACAUAGAAACAAUGAAAUGGAUACAUUUACAGUAAGCUAGUGAAUGGGUCAAGUGAAAGGAAAAUAUAAAUAUGUAUAUAAUAUGAUAUGUAUAUGAGUGGUAGGUAAUCAUUAUAUUACAAGAAAUAUAAUUUUACUUUA